CGCGACGCCCGCCUGACGUCAGGCAGUGGAAUCCGGCGGCGACGCCUUUAGGGAGCCCGCGAGGGGGCGCGUGUUGGCCGCCCCGCUGUGAGUUGCCCAAGACCCGCCGGGGGGCGGGGUCUCGCUCCCCGCGCCACGAGGCUCGGCCAAUGGGAACGCGCGCUGCGAGGACCGGAGGUCCGCGCCGCGGUGCUGAAAACCCCGCGCGCAAGCGGCUGGCUCUGGGCGCGCGCCAGCAAACCCACUCCUGGAGCCCGCGGACCCCGAGCACGCGCUUGACAGCCCCUGCUGAGCCGGCGCCCGGCGUCGCCAGGCCAGCCAUGGCCCCCGACCCGGUGGCCGCCGAGACCCCGGUUCAGGGACCUACCCCGCGCUACUUCACCUGGGACGAGGUGGCGCAGCGCUCGGGGUGCGAAGAGCGGUGGCUAGUGAUCGACCGUAAGGUGUACAACAUCAGCGAGUUCACCCGCCGGCAUCCAGGGGGCUCCCGGGUCAUCAGCCACUACGCCGGGCAGGAUGCCACGGAUCCCUUUGUGGCCUUCCACAUCAACAAGGGCCUGGUGAAGAAGUAUAUGAACUCUCUCCUGAUUGGAGAACUGUCUCCGGAGCAGCCCAGCUUUGAGCCCACCAAGAAUAAAGAGCUGACUGAUGAGUUCCGGGAGCUUCGGGCCACAGUGGAGCGGAUGGGGCUCAUGAAGGCCAACCAUGUGUUCUUCCUGCUGUACCUGCUGCACAUCUUGCUGCUGGAUGGUGCAGCCUGGCUCACCCUUUGGAUCUUUGGGACGUCCUUUUUGCCCUUCCUCCUCUGUGCCGUGCUGCUCAGUGCAGCUCAGAUCCAGGCUGGCUGGCUGCAGCAUGACUUGGGGCACCUGUCGGUCUUCAGCACCUCAAAGUGGAACCAUCUGGUACAUCAUUUUGUGAUUGGCCACCUGAAGGGGGUCCCUGCCAGUUGGUGGAACCACUUGCACUUCCAGCACCAUGCCAAGCCCAACUGCUUCGGCAAAGACCCAGACAUCAACAUGCAUCCCUUCUUCUUUGCCUUGGGGAAGAUCCUGUCUGUAGAGCUUGGGAAACAGAAGAAAAAAUAUAUGCCGUACAACCACCAGCACAAAUACUUCUUCCUGAUUGGGCCCCCAGCCUUGGUGCCUUUCUUCUUCCAGUGGUAUGUUUUCUAUUUUGUUAUCCAGCGAAAGAAGUGGGUGGACUUGGCCUGGAUGAUCACCUUCUACAUCCGCUUAUUCCUCACUUAUGUGCCACUAUUGGGACUGAAAGCCUUCCUGGGCCUUUUCUUCAUAGUCAGGUUCCUGGAAAGCAACUGGUUUGUGUGGGUGACACAGAUGAACCAUAUCCCCAUGCACAUUGAUCAUGACCGGAACAUGGACUGGGUUUCCACCCAGCUCCAGGCCACAUGCAAUGUCCACAAGUCUGCCUUCAAUGACUGGUUCAGUGGACACCUCAACUUCCAGAUUGAGCACCAUCUUUUUCCCAUGAUGCCUCGACACAAUUACCACAAAGUGGCUCCCCUGGUGCAGUCCUUGUGUGCCAAGCAUGGCAUAGAGUACCAGUCCAAGCCCCUGCUGUCAGCCUUCGCCGACAUCAUCCACUCACUAAAGGAGUCAGGGCAGCUCUGGCUAGAUGCCUAUCUUCACCAAUAACAACAGCCACCCCGUCCAGUCUGAAAGAAGAGGAGGAAGACUCUGGAGCCAAAGCAGAGGGGAGUUUGAAGGACAAUGCCACUGUAGUUUAAUACUCAGAAGGGGGUGGGUUUGGGGACAUAAAGGCUCUGACUCAAACUCC